AUGGAAGAACUCAACUAUAGUGUAGAAAACUCCCCUGUGAGCAGGACCCGGCCCUCCACACCUGACACUAUGACCACCUCCUGCUGCUCCCCUUGCUGCCAGCCCACCUGCUGCAGAAUCACCUGCUGCAGAACCACCUGCUGGAAGCCAACCUGUGUGACCAGCUGCUGUUACCCACCAUGCUGCCAGCCCUGCUGUCCCCCAAACUGCUGUGAAACCACCUGCUGCAGGACCACCUGCUGUAAACCAGCCUGUGUGACCAGCUGCUGUGGGUCCAGCUACUCUAAGUCCACCUGCUGUGACCAAAUCAGCACAGUCAGCAGCUGCUGCCAACCAACUUGCUGUGAAACCACCUGCUGCAAACCAGCCUGUGUGCCCACCUGCUGCUGCUGCUGCUGCACACCCUGUUGCUGUGUGUCCAGCGGCUGCCAGCCCUGCUGCAUCCCCUGCUGCUGCUGCACACCCUGCUGCCAACCAACCUGCUGUGAAACCACCUGCUUUAAACCAAGCUGUGUGACCCUCUGCUGCAGCACACCCUGCUGCCCGCCCUGCUGCUGA